UUGAUGCUAGCGGCUGCGUAAUGACAGGAGGAGGCGGCAGGUGAACGAUUAACAGCGUUCACUUUUCUCCGUCCCUCCUCUUUAAAAAUAAAUAAACUGAAAGUUACUGUGAGCGGAGAUGUUCCGCAGUGACUGACGGGCUCCAGUUUACACAUAAAAACCAUUAUUUCAUUCAAACUGUGGAUCAACACGAAAGCGCGCCGCGGGAGUUUGGACUUAGCAGGUCGGUCGCAGUGAGAAAAGGAACCUCGGAGCAGCAGCCAUGUUGUCGGGGGAGGAGAUUCUGUGUAGCACGCAGCAGGUGAUCGCAGGGCUGGAGGCGCUGAGAGGGGAGAACCGCAGCCUGCUGGAGAGCCUGCAGGAGGCGCUGGAGAGCCGGGCGGUGCCAGAGAGCAGCAGCGUUGAGCAGGAGAAGACCAGCAUCAUCCACCAGUCGCUGGAGAGGAUAGAGCUGGGGCUGAGUGAGGCACAGGUGAUGAUGGCGUUGUCAGCUCACCUCGGUUCUCUGGAGGCAGAGAAACAAAAGCUACGAGCUCAGGUUCGUCGUCUCUGUCAGGAGAACCAGUGGUUGAGGGAUGAGCUGGCUGGCGCUCAGCAGCGGCUUCAGGACACGGAGCAGGAGGUGGUCACCCUCGAGGAGCAGAACAGACACCUGCAGUUCAUGUCCUCCAUACGCAAGUAUGACCAGGAUGAGCCGCCUCUGGAUGACAAAGACACUUCCUCCAACAAAGAGUCUCUGGAUGACCUCUUUCCUGCUGAGGAUGAGGAGCAGUCUUCGAUGUCCCAGCCUCACCACAGCAGUGCAGCAGCUGCAGCCCAGCAGGGCGGCUACGAGAUCCCCGCCCGCCUUCGAACGCUCCAUAACCUGGUCAUCCAGUACGCAUCCCAGGGACGAUAUGAGGUCGCGGUACCGCUGUGCAAACAGGCUUUGGAAGACCUGGAAAAGUCCUCUGGCCACACCCACCCAGACGUAGCCACCAUGCUCAAUAUACUGGCGCUGGUGUACAGAGAUCAGAACAAAUACAAAGAGGCCGCCAACCUGCUGAACGAUGCUUUGGCCAUCAGGGAGAAAACUCUUGGGAUGGACCAUCCGGCUGUGGCAGCGACGCUCAACAACCUGGCAGUGCUUUAUGGGAAAAGAGGAAAAUACAAGGAAGCAGAGCCGCUUUGUAAAAGAGCUCUAGAGAUCAGAGAGAAGGUUCUCGGUACAGAUCAUCCAGAUGUGGCCAAACAGCUGAACAACCUGGCUCUGCUGUGUCAGAACCAGGGGAAGUACCAGGAAGUGGAGCAGUACUACGAGCGCGCUCUGCACAUCUACCAGAGCAAGCUGGGACCAGACGACGCCAACGUGGCUAAAACCAAGAACAACCUGGCAUCAUGUUAUCUUAAGCAGGGGAAAUACAGACAAGCUGAAGCUCUUUACAAAGAGAUCCUGACCAGAGCGCAUGAAAAGGAGUUCGGGUCUGUUGAAGGUGACGGGCGUCCCAGCUGGUCCGGCGUGGUGGAGGACGGCGGGUCCACACAGGACGGACUUAAGCGCAGUGGCUCCUUCACCAAACUCAGAGAGUCGAUCAGGCGAAGCAGCGAGAAACUGGUCCGAAAGCUGAAAGGAGUCGGAAUGGAGGAAACAACCCCAAGGAAUGCUGGGAUGAAGAGGGCAAACUCUCUGAAUGUUUUGAACGUUGGCGUCAGAGAAAGUCAGGAUGGCAGCGAGUCGAGUCAGCUGACGGAUACUCGAGGCUUGAGCUCCAGCACUCAGAGUCUGAUGAGAAGAGGCUCACUCGGUGGGAACAGCUAACGCAAAAAUAAGAAUAUCCCCUAAAAACGCAACACCUUUCAAAGAUGACGAUCGGCACAGAGCAGUGUGUUUAAUCAGUGUGGGAACAUCAGGCCUGAGUGGAUUCAUCAUUUUUAGUCUUCAAGGAAAAAAUAUAAUUGACUCGACUAAGAUGCUUCCAAAAAUCUGACUUUUAAAAUUAGUUUGUUUCAUUCUAAAAACGCACAAUUUCAGUUUUUUCUUUUUAAAAAAAACAAAACAAAACAAAGCAUAAAUAGAGGGCUGGGUCAUGUGAUGAAUUUUAACUUGACGUUAUCGGAAUUGCACUAUGACAUUUUUUUCCGGAUCACUUGAAGUUUUAAAUCCCGUCAUUCCUGGUUUUAGGUUCAGUUCUAUGAUUUCCAGUUAACUUUUGAUCUUGAACUCGUAGGACCUGGCAUCCACAUAUGUGGACAUCACAUUUUGGGUUGUCUAGACCACAAUACAAAAUUUUUCCCAAUCAGCUCAAAUAGCAAACAGAAAUUAAAAAUGCAUGCCAUGAAAGAGUUCGCGUCUUAGCAGGUUAAUUUUAAGUUGUGCUAAAAUCACUUUAAUCUAGUUCAAAUGCAUUUCCCCUGCAGACUGUUUUUACACAAACGUGACCACGUUACACUAAGGAAAGCGGCAAUCUGUAGGUUAACAUUUGAACUAUGGGAAAUUUUAAGACACUUCACUUGAUGCUUUGAUACUAAAGAUCAUAUUUUUUAAAUGGAGUUGUUUGUAAUUUGAGAAGCAGUGCAGGGAUGUAAAGUUCUUUACACAAUUUUUAAAAUGUAAAGUGUAAUUUUACGUUCGAGGAAGAUGAUAAGCUAUCAAAGUUUACACUGUUUAAAGUUAAAAAAAAAAAAGGUACGUGUAUUUUGCCUUUAAAAUGUGCUGGUCAUGUAUAAUUUAUAUUGUUAGACUGCUGCGUUAUUGGACCAGAAGUCCUGCUCGGACACGA